AUGGAUUUUUGCGAAGCACUGAAGCUAAUCUAUCACCAUUUUGUUGUUACAGAUAACCCAAUUCUUCAAGAUGUGUACAAGGUGCUAAUCAACGAAUCCUUUGAAGAAUACCGGUACUUCGUGCAUCAGAUGAAUACAUUAUCAGGCAUCAGCCCCAAUUUUAGUGAGCGGCUGUUUGAAUGCCCAGCAUGCCCACAGCUCCAAGAGCUGCUCCCCAGUCAUCUUCUAUCGGUGACUGGUGAGAGCAAGAACCCCUACGGGCGGGGCGGACUCUACUCCCCGUACAAAAGCGUGGCAAAACCAAAACACGAAGGCUUAUACUUCCUUGACCAAGAUGAGGUGGAUAAAUUUGUGAGGUCCAGUGACAUUUCUGAGCCAAACAAAGAUGUUGACUGCAAUGAAUUCAAAGCUGGCAGUAAUAUACGUUCAAAGGGAAGGUAUUACAAACUAGACGAAACUGCAGUGUUUGGGGCUUCGUGCAGGCAUGACUUCCCCCAAAUGAUGUUCAGCUUGAAACAUGGCGAACGGCUUUCCUACCCAGUUUAUCUCCUGCAGCAGCUAAUGGAAAAGUAUGGUACAUCAGAUAUUUCCUUCAUGUAUGACAUUUCGUGCAUGUUUGAAAGUUACAUAAAGAAACACCACAGUGAUAUUUCUCUUGAUGCUGUGAAAAUGGGAAUUCCCAUUUUCCAUGCCUACGGACACAAGUGGGAUUGCCAGGUGCGUUACAGCCCACGAAGGCUCCCUGGUUUUGGUCUGACAGAUGGUGAAAGUCUAGAAAGACUGUGGUCCUAUCUCCGGAGCUUUUCAAAAAUUGCCAAAGAGAUGACACCCAGCCAUCGCAUUGAUACGCUGACUGAUGCCCUCAUACACUAUGCAAACAGGAAACAGCUGAAAAUUGGCACUUUCCUUCGCACAAAGAUUGACAGGGCUAAGGAUCAGUUGGCAGCUGCUGGUGAGGAAUUGUCAUCCCUACUCAGAGUUAUGCAAGUGUCUGUCACUGAUGUACGAGACCAUAGCUUGAGGGAGGCUAAUCGGCUUUCAACAAACCAGGCUCUGUCCGGGAAAGAGAAGACUCUACACCUACUUCAUAAGCAUUGUAGUGAAAGGAAAAUUCUCCUUGAAACAAAGAAGAAGUAUGCAGAUGGCCAGGCAGUUGCAAUCAAGUUGCAACGAAGCAUAGCAAGGACAAAUGCGCAGAUCAGAAAGUAUUUGGAUGAUCUAACCAAGAAGUUUGAUUCGACUCUAACCUUCGAAAAAGCCGUCAGUUGUGAGUUCUUAAUAGGGCCUGAUGCCCGAGGAUAUCGUCAUGCGGAGGAAACACUGUGCCUGAAGGAGAGGGUGGAAGAAGAAAUCUCGUUAGUCAGUAAAGAAAUCCUGAAUGUUGCUAAGGUUUUCUGUGAGAGGCACAAUCACUUAACCGAAUCAUUAGCACGAGUGGCCUCCAAAUCGCAUUGCAAGUUGAUGCAAGGAAAAAUGAGUUUGAUAUCUUCAAAGAUUGUGUCUGUAGAGCGGGAGUUCUCCUUAUUACAGCAGUCCUGUGGUAGUAUUGUCCCUAUCAUUCCAGACUUCCAGUCAUAUUCUCAGACACUCAAAACAACUUCCCUCAGGUAA